AUGGAGAAGGCGGCCCAGUUCCCCGCCAGAGGCGAAGCCCCCCAGCCCCGGGCCGGGGACUGCUACGCCGAGCUGCUGGCCAAAGGCUUGCCCCGGGAGGGGCUGCUUCAGGUGGACGCGCUGCCCCGCCGGCUGCAGCAGGGACGCCACGCCCGGGAGCCGGGGCUGCGCGCGGGCAUCAAGGCAGAAAUUCAUUUCAGCAGUGAAGCCCUUUCCUCAGAAGAGGAGGAUGGGGAGACUCAUGAAAGCAAGAUAAAAUCGCUGAGCAAACACUCACCUCCAAAGAAAACCAUCACUCAGAUUAUGAAGGAUAAAAAGAAGCAGACGCAGCUCACCUUGCAAUGGCUGGAAGAGAAUUACAUUGUAUGUGAAGGAGUUUGUCUGCCAAGGUGCAUCCUUUAUGCCCAUUACCUGGAUUUCUGUAGGAAAGAGAAACUUGAACCUGCCUGUGCUGCCACAUUUGGGAAGACUAUUCGUCAGAAAUUUCCUCUUCUCACUACAAGGAGGCUGGGCACAAGGGGCCAUUCGAAAUAUCACUAUUAUGGCAUUGGCAUUAAAGAAAGCAGUGCGUACUAUCAUUCUGUAUAUUCUGGGAAAGGUUUGACAAGGUUUUCUGGAAGCAAGCUAAAGAAUGAGGGUGGAUUUACUCGGAAAUAUUCCCUCAGCUCCAAAACGGGGACUCUCCUUCCAGAAUUCCCCAGUGCUCAGCACCUUGUGCUGGAAGGGUGCAUCUCAAAAGACAAGGUGGACACUCUCAUCAUGAUGUAUAAAACCCACUGUCAGUGUGUCCUUGACAAUGCCAUUAAUGGAAACUUUGAAGAGAUCCAACAUUUUCUGCUGCAUUUUUGGCAAGGGAUGCCUGACCACCUUCUUCCCCUGCUUGAAAAUCCUGUUAUCAUUGACAUCUUCUGUGUUUGUGACUCAAUAUUGUACAAGGUCCUUACAGAUAUACUUAUCCCUGCAACUAUGCAAGAAAUGCCAGAAAGUUUAUUGGCAGAUAUAAGAAAUUUUGCUAAAAACUGGGAGCACUGGAUUGUUUCAUCAUUGGAAAAUCUGCCAGAAGACCUUACAACAAAAAAAUUGCCGAUAGCACGAAGAUUUGUGUCUUCUCUGAAGCGUCAAACGUCCUUCCUGCACUUAGCCCAGAUUGCCCGGCCAGCUCUUUUUGAUCAACAUGUAGUGAAUGCCAUGGUUGCAGAUAUUGAGAAGGUAGAUCUGCACAGCAUUGGAUCUCAGGCACUUCUCACGGUCUCAGGAAGCAUGGACCCUGAUGGGGAGGGCUACAGCGAAUAUGACUCUAUUACAGUGUUCCAAGAACUGAAGGAUCUCUUAAAGAAGAAUGCCACUGUGGAAUCAUUUAUUGAAUGGCUGGAUACUGUGGUUGAGCAAAGAGUUAUCAAGGCCAGCAAGCAGAAUGGUCGAUCACUAAAGAAGAGAGCUCAAGACUUCCUUCUCAAGUGGAGCUUUUUUGGAGCACGAGUAAUGCAUAAUCUCACCUUGAACAAUGCAUCGAGUUUUGGUUCGUUUCAUCUGAUCCGCAUGCUUUUAGAUGAAUACAUCUUGCUGGCCAUGGAGACCCAAUUCAACAAUGACAAAGAACAAGAACUCCAGAAUCUAUUGGACAAGUAUAUGAAGAAUCUUGAUGCAAGUAAAGCUGCUUUUACUGCAUCACCAAGCUCUUGUUUCCUAGCAAACCGCAACAAAACGGGUACAAUUUCUAGUGAUGCUUCAGUAAAAAACGAAUGCCUCAUGGAACAAGCCUAUUUCCCUUUGUCAACCAGUCAACACAGUAGCAUGUCCUCUGGCCUGAACCCAUUCCGUACAGGGAACAAUGAGGAUAUGCAGCUUACAGGUCAAACAGAGCUCUCUCAGAGCACUGGCCAUCUUAUGACACCACCCAUUUCUCCUGCUAUGGUUAGUCGUGGAAGUGUUAUCAACCAGGGACCAAUGGCUGGAAGACCUCCAAGUGUAGGUCCAUCAUUAUCUGCACAUUCCCAUUGCUCUUCUUACUCAGAAUCCCUUUACCAGACUGUGCCACAGACAAACCAGAAUUUUUAUGGUGUUAGUGCCAAUUACCCAGCCAUGUUCAGGACUCAGACUCAUCCCUCUUCUGGAGCCUAUCAGCAUAGAGCUGAACCUAGUCACUACACAGCCACGAAUGAGCAGCGAUUCUCAAGAGACUUCUUCAGUAGCAGCUGUGCUGUUUCUCCCUACAGUGCCAGGUCGCCUUCUAAUUAUGAAUCUUCUGCAAAUGUACAGGAGUCUCACAACAUGCAGUUUUUGAAUAAUGGGGGCUACAACUUCAUGAACAAUUCAGUGACCUGUCAAGGAUCACCGUAUCCCUCAAAUGCUUCCAACGGGUUUUAUGGAAAUAAUAUGAACUACACAGAAUCCCACAGACUUGGGUCCAUGGUAGAUCAGCACGUUUCUGUCAUCAGCAGCAUUCGAUCAUUACCUCCGUACAGCGACCUUCAUGACCCACUUAGCAUCUUGGAGGACACCGAAAGAAAACAGGGAGCAUCAUAUUACACAGAUGCCUCGACAGCUUGCCGGAAUCCUAUUGUAGCUUCAGGUAUCCAACCUGCCAUAUUGACAUCAUCCUCCCAGUGCAUGUUUGGAAAUUCUAGGCACUGUCCUUCCCAGGAAACGAUGGACUCUUCUGGACAGGCAACCAGAGACAUGGUAUCAUCUUUGCCACCAAUCAACACUGUCUUCAUGGGAACUGCUGCAGGAGGCACCUGA